AUGUUCGCUACUACAAGUGGCCUUCGCUCUCAUUUAAUAAACAAGCACAAUAUGGACAAGUCUCGUGCCAACUGGGUCGAACAUGCCCGUGACCACCAUCAACUCGACAUUCGCGUCAGCAAAGAGAUUAUGAGCGACGCCAACGCGCUCGCAUCUUGGCUGGAGCAGCUGGAGCACGGAACGGGGUACUCCAUGAUUAUGACGGGCAAGCGUACCUAUCAUUGCCGAGCGCACACCUCAAGCACACAACCGGGCAUUAAAUGCUAUGCCUUUGUGAAUUACCAGCAACUUGCUGAUGGGCGAAUUGAGGUCACCCACAUGUUGAAGCAUUUUCACGAGCCUCGUCCCCGCCGGCACCGACUUACUAAAGGGUGUAUUGAACUGAUCAAGCAACUGUCUUCGAUGGGAAUGCACAACAACGCCAUUCUGCUCAACGUGCGCAAGGCUGUCCAACCUUUGUCGCCUGACGCCUUCGUGAACAGCAAGGACAUUCAGAACAUUGCUGCAACCGUGCGAGAAGGUCGCCUCAGCGAUCGAGAUGUUGAUUCUGUUUCGCAGCAAAUCCUGUUGAACAACAGCGUCGCGUUCGAUCGGCGCAGUAUCAUU